AUGAAUAUUAGAAUUUUAAUUAAUUAAAUUUCAAAUAAUACAGAAGAAUUAGCAAUGGUUUAAAAAAUUUUAUAAGUCUUUAUUAGUCUAGAGGAGCACCAAAAAAUUAAGUACUUUAUGAUGGAGAUAAAAGGAACUCUAUCAGAACAUACAACGGUAACUUUUAUUAAUUUAAUAUUAUCAGAUAACUCAAACAACAGAUAAGGAUUCCAAAUUGGAUGGGACAUUGAUCAAUCUAGAAAGGGAGACACUAAAAUUGCAGGAAAAGUUGGUCAAGAUCAAAGAAAUUCAUACAUUCCUUCAUAUCAAACUUAAACUUAUGUACCAGUUGUUGAAGUAUUCUAUAACAUAAUUAGUAAAAUCAAGAUGAAGAUUAUUUGAAGUAGUUAUAUAUUU